AUGAAGAGAUUAUUUCCAAACCUGCUCCCACCUAGCCUCCCACUUUUACCUCCUCUGUCUAUGCCAUCCAGUUCUUCAGCCUUGUCUUUGCUGGCUCCUUUCAGCCCCUCGGAUCCUCCCUCAUUCACAUCACCUAGAAAUUCGGAUCUGCCUGGGGCUUCCAGUUCGCAAGCUCCACCAAAAGAUGACGUUCCCCUGGCUUUACCUCAAGCCUUUGAGCCGGUCACUCCACCUCGGCCCAUCGACCAGUCGGCUCCACCUUGGCCCCUCUCCCCCUCGGCUCCACCUGGGACCGUCAUCCUUAUGGCUUCACCGGGCCUCCUCUCCCCUCCGGCUCUGCCUUGUGACAAGGACCAGGGGGCUAAACUGACAAGCAUCCUCACACAGAAUCUAUCCAACUGGGGACUGACAAACAUGAACAAUCAAACAAUCCAAUACUGCUUUCCAAACAACAAUUUGUCUUGUACCAGAAGUAUCCGACCUGAAGCAGAGUACAUUGUUGUGUACAUUUUCAUCGCUGUAACAUCAGUGUUUACCGUGUUUCUGAACCUGUUGGUGAUCAUCUCCAUCUCGCACUUCAAGCAGCUCCACACUCCCACCAAUGUGCUGAUCUUCUCUCUGGCAGUGGCUGAUCUGAUCGCAGGACUGAUUCUCAUGCCAGUGCAGGGAAUGAAACUGAUUGAGCCAUGCUGGUACUUUGGAGAAAUAUUUUGCUCAAUAUUUCCUCUUAUUCUUUAUGUGGUCGUCGUGGCAUCUCUUGGUAAUAUGAUUAUUAUAUCUGUGGAUCGAUACAUUGCUGUGAAUGACCCUUUGCGAUAUCCAAUAAGAGUCAAUAAUAACAGAGCUGUUGUUGCUAUUGUUGUAAACUGGUUAUUCUCCUUCUUUUAUUCGUUUUAUCUGUUGUAUGAGUUUUUACUGUAUCCAGAGAGGAACCACACAUGUAUUGGAGAAUGCAUACUUGUUGUUACAUUGGAAAAUCUUCUAAUAGAUGCUUUUGUUUGUUUAGCGGCACCUUGUUGCAUAAUUAUUCCUUUAUAUGUGAAAAUCUGCUUUGUAGCAAAACGGCAAGCUAAGCAUUUAAAUUCAGUCACAGACAAAAAGGCCAAAUCAGAGAAAAAGGCUGCAAGAACCUUAGGGAUUGUAGUACUUGUUUAUCUUCUUUUUUGGACACCGUACUACAUAGUUACUCUUUCUUUUGGGCAUGACGAAAAUGACACUCUCAUAAUUAACGUAAUGUAUUGGAUGUUAUGCAUGAAUUCCUGCAUGAAUCCACUUAUAUAUGCAAUGUUUUAUCAAUGGUUUAGAGUGUCAGCAAAAUACAUUUUGACACUGAAAAUAUGUGAACCUUCAUCAGAAUACUUCAAUCUGUUCCCAGAAGAGAAAUGAUCACUUACACUCUUAUGAAGCACAAAAAUGUAAUUUCCAUCUGUCUAUGAAUGGAAUAGUUUGGGUUCUUGUGUUAAGGACUUCCUUAUCAAACAUUAGAUGACACCAGAAUCUGUGCAACACCUAUGUUUGUGAAUAGUUUAAAUAUUUUGCCUAUAAUGUAUGUAUAUUGAGAACAUGUACAUGUGUGAGUAACAAGGAGUAACAUUUUUGCUCUCU